CCUGAAAGAGAUGUUAGGUUAGGCCUGUUUACAGGACUCUCAAAUACCAGCAAAGUGAGCAAGGUUUUGGUUUUAGCAGAAGGCAAAAAGGGUUGCAGGUCAGAACCAUCCCUGCUUGUCCAUAUUGUCUUCGGGUUGGGAAAAUAACAGAGAAGUACCAUUGGGCAGGGUCGGACAGCACUUACCAGGUGAUAGUGUUACACAAGGAUAAGGGAAGUAGUAAUGGCGAUGCCACGCUCUGCUGGAGCUGGCAUGCCUGCACAGCUACAGCUGUCCUGCAGUGGGCCCACAGCACUAGCUAGCUAGAUGUGAGCUCUUGAACAAACACAGCCUUCAAAAUGCAGCAGGACUGCCUGUGGGAUGCCUCAGCGAGGCAGCGAACUGAACCAGGGAAGUCUUUGGGUGUAACAGGGUAACUUUGCCAGGUCCAUUCUGAAGUAACUCUGAAGCAGGAGCAGUGAUACCUUGUGUAUAAACUUAAUGCUGGGGUUGUGGGGUUUACAUUUUCCAGAUCACAAACUUCACUUGAUUUUAUGCAUUCAACUGCAGACUUAAUACAUGCUCAAGUUUAGCAUUCUCUGCUUAAAUUGGGAUUAGCUGUCUAAUGCCUGCGUUCUCAGUUUUGUUAGCCAUUUGGACAAGCGCAGUACAGUUUCGGUAAUCAAGGUCAGAGAUGGUCAAAGGUAAGAAGCUGAUUCUUCCCACAAAUUCUUGCAAUUUAUGCCUAGUUCUGAAAGUGCACAGUGAUGGUAAAAAUAAAGUUUUAUUUAAGGAAAAUGCUUUCUAGGUAUCUGUAGUGUAUCAAAGUAGUUUUGUUGUGAUUUGGAAUUUGUGCUGCUGAGUGAUACUCUGUUUCAAAAAUAGUUUCCUGUAUAAUCACUAAUAAUCCAGGAUUACAGAACGUCCUGGUUUUUUGGUUUUUUGUUUGUUUCUUUUUUAAUAGUAACAGGUCUGCUUUAAUUAGAAAGGCUCUAAUACAGAUUAAGGCAUUAGGCAAAGGGGAAUCCUCCCAUCUCUCAGUGAAAUUAUGAGUGCUGGGAGAAGCAUUUAGAUAAUCAAAAUUACAGAAUGUUUCAUUAAGGCAUGCGCAGCCAGUCAUAGUAGGAUAAAUGCUCACAACCCAAAUUCACGAACUUUUAAGAUGUAGCAGAUUUUCUUUCCCAAAAUAGUCUAUGAUCUAGGUGGCAGAUCCCUCAAAUCUUCAACUGAAUAGACCCAGUGAGGUUAAUGAUGUGAAUAAAAGUUCGAAGGAUAAGGACCUACACAAGCAACCCAAACACAACAGAUACCAAGGCUGCAUUAUAGCAUACAAAAUCAGUCAGAUUAAUUUCUCUACUAACAAGAUUAAAAGCACUAGGUGUUCUCUGCAGCACCAAAGGGUGAUCUAGAUGGAGAGAGCCUGGGGAAGAGUUUAAACAAACCCUAAGGAAUGCAAAAUAGCAAGAUGUGAUUUGCUUUUUUCGUGAUUACUUUCUUGAAAAAAAUAGUAAUGCUAGCAGUAAUGACCCAUUCAUCUGUGAGACAAACCAACCACAUGAAAAGUGGAUGAAGAAAAAUCAUUCAAUGUACUUCUGUCCAAUGCGAUAAAAUGUUAAUGGAUAAAAAGGAUUGGGUUUUUUGCUUAAUUAAGAAUUCCAGUUUUCAAAUCUCAUUUAAUUGUGUAAAUCUAAAAGGGUUUUCUGCUCAGUAGCCUCAAUUUUACAAUUUUAUUGUGGCCAUUUAGUCAACCAGGUUUUUAAUUCAGGUCUAUUGUGUUCCAGGGAAUGUUUUCAUCUCUGUGGAAGUGAGAGUUUCAAGACUGAAGAAGUCAAAAUGCCUUCACAUACUAUAAUUGAUUUUUUGUGUAUGUCUACAAUUAGCUUAAGGUAUUAAUAUAAAAAGUAGGUAGGUGCAUCUAAUGAUUUUUUUGGAGUAAUCUGAACCAUCUGCCUCUAGAUAUUAAGGAGUCACUCUUUAAUCCAGAUUAUGGCUGACAAACUGAUUUUGGCAUUCACAUUUCACUAGCAUUGUGCCCUUGAAGAGCUGAUGUAGCUGUAGAAACUCUCUUGCUUACAAUUGUUGGUUUUGAAAACAUUUUUGGUUUGGUUUGACUUCCUUGUAGUUGUUUGCUUAUAGCUCCUUUUUUCUUAAGAAGAUGGCCUUUUUAAUGAAAAGUAUGUUGAGCAACCAGGUAAAGAAUUUGGGACUUGGAGGUGGAGGGGAAGAAAGCAAAGAAGAAAGCACUCCUUCUGAUCCAGCAGCAGCUGCAGGAAUGACCAGAGAGGAGUAUGAGGAAUAUCAAAAGCAAAUGGUUGAGGAGAAGAUGGAAAGAGAUGCAGCAUUUGCACACAAAAAAGCAGAGCGAGCCUGUCUGAGGGUUCAUCUGAGAGAAAAGUACAGACUCCCUAAGAGUGAACUGGAUGAGAAUCAAAUACAGAUGGCUGGAGAUGAUGUGGGUUUGCCAGAAGACCUUCAGAAGAUGGUGGCAGAAGAUCAGGUGGAGGAAGAGGACAAGGACUCUAUCCUGGGACAGCUGCAGAACAUCCAGAAUAUGGACAUGGAUGCAAUCAAAGAAAAGGCACAAGCCACCUUCACCGAAAUAAAACAGGCAGCUGAGCAGAAAUGUUCUGUGAUGUAGAAGAGAUACCACUAUCCAAGGGCUGUAAAUUCAGUCUUGUCUCACAUGGGCUGCAGAAUGCAGGCAGGCAGAGGAAUGCAUUUAGCUCUAUAGCAUUACAUGUAAAUAUAGAAAAGUGAGAAAGAGAAACUUAAACCCCGAGGGGGGAUGUCAAAAUUUACAUGCUGUGACUGCUUAGUGUGAAGUUAGAACAGAUCCUAAUUUUUUAACAUAACAUUUUUCCCCAUGGAAAAAAACGGAAUUAGAAAAGCUAAUAUUGGGGGGAAAUUGUGCCUUUUCCCAUGUUUUCAGAGCCAUCAAGAUGCUAUUAAAUGUGUAUUUUUUAGCAAAAUUGUGCUUCUUAUAUAUAACAUAUAGGUAACCACUCAUUUAAUAACCCUUUCAGAAAUAAACACAUAUAUUUCUAAUAAAAAAAUGUCUGUUUCAAAAAAUAUGAAACAAACCCAGUACUCAAAUGUUGAUGUUUUCUGCAAAAACUUAAAAAACAAGGCUUUGACCAUCUCUGUACUAAAUAUAGCAAGAAGCUAAAAGCGAAGUGUAUGACUUUACAGCUUGGGACAAAAAUGUCAGCAUAUACAGAACUAGUGGGGACUUGUAGGGAACCAAGGCUGGGUAGCUAUCAGCAAUACCUGGUCAGUCUGCAAUGCAGACUUCUCCAGGCUGCUCUAAGUUCACAGCCUCGUGGUCUUCAAAUGCAGGUCAAACAUGAAGUGGCAGCAGUGUCCCUCUGCCUGGCUGCUAUGUGUGCCAAAUGCUGGGGCCUGCGGUACCAGCAAAUAACUUGUAUAGGCUAAAAUAAGCUAGGAGUUAUCUCUAUACAAGGCUAAACAGAAAUCUGGGCCACCUGAAGGAUUUGCCAGGGUAGGUCACCUAAACGCUGAGAAAAAGCAUGGCUUUCACUAGUGCUAAAUCUGAGUCUGUGGGACAGGCAGGAUCUGAUUCAACGGCUUUAGAUUCAGGACCAAGCAAGAUUAUCUUUGCUGCUGUGCAGUUUUUUUCUGGGGAGAACCCAAGCAGGUGCUGGCACGACUGCCUCCAGCUCCUCCAGAAGCAGAGCUGAUGCCGGUUAGCAGCUGGCGGCUAGUGGAGGAACGGCUCUGUGCUGCAGCCUGCAGCGCUGUUGGGGCUGCCAGCUGGGCCCAUGCAGCCUGGGCAGGCCAGGGGGGCUGGCAGAGGUUAUGGCCCCACAGCCCCAUGGUGGUUAAGGCAGGUGGGAGCACCAGCCUGUCUCUGCACUUGCAUAGCCCUGGCAGUUAUCAUGCAUGAUAACCCAUACAAAAGUUGUACGGCCCUUGUACAUGGACAGUGUAUGCAAUGCUGCUCCUGAGGGGCUUGGAUAUUGUAUAAAAUUAAGGACUCUGUAAGCUGUCCAAGAGCUAGCCUGUGAAUGAAAUUUGUGAAUGAAUAUAUGUAGCACCUUCCUACAGGUUUAUAAGUCUCUCUUUCUCUCUCUCCCCUCCCCUCUCCUCUGUCUCCACCCAAUCAAGUAAAAACAUUCAUUUAAAAUGAAUAAAUGCACAAAGUAUG